CAGAGUCAGCCAGACCUGCUUUAGUUUAACUUGUGAUCCCGUUUAGUGAAGCUAUGAAAUACAUCGUUUUCCUUAUCGUGUGCCUAUGCGCAGCAGCCACGUUUGCUGACGAGCUGUUAGUUGAGUUGCCUUUUGGGACAUUGCGUGGACGCGACCGCGGUGGCUAUUAUACCUAUGAGUCGGUGCCGUACGCACUGCCACCCGUUGGUCCGCUGCGCUUCGAGCCACCUCAGCCCUUUGUUGGAGAGUGGCAUGAGACGUUUGAUGCUACAAAGCCGGCGGCAGAGUGCCUGCAGUGGAGCCAUUUUGUCACGACACCCGAUCAAUUGACGGGCAGUGAGGACUGUCUGACCGUCAGCAUUUACAAGCCAAAGAACGCCUCACGCACCAGUUUCCCGGUGGUGGCAAAUAUAUUUGGUGGCGCCUGGUCAUUCGGUGGAUCGGUCCAAGACGGAGCUAGGGAGUUUAUGGAGAGUGGCAAUGUGAUUGUUGUGAAGAUAAACCAUAGAGUGGGAAUUCUCGGCUUUGCAAGCACUGGCGAUGCGGGCUGGUCGGGCAAUUAUGCACUCAAGGAUCAACGCUUGGCGAUCAAGUGGAUCAAGAAAUACAUUUCCUAUUUCGGUGGCGAUGCCAAGAACAUGUUGCUACUUGGUUUUUCCUCGGGAGCAGGCUCAGUGCAUUAUCAGCUACUGCACGAGGACAUGCGCGACUUAAGGGGCGUCUACUCCAUGAGCGGAAACUCUCUGGAAGGGUGGGCAGUGCAGCCAAGUCCUCGUGAUCAAACAUUUGAAUUGGGCCGAGUCCUCGGCUGUGGCACUCCCAAUAGCACAGCAGUUCUGAAAACGUGUCUAAAGGCGGUGAAUGCGAAUGAAUUAGUGAGAGCCUUUACCCAUUUCCUUCUAUUCAACUACGUCCCCUUUGCUCCGUUUUCUCCCGCUGUGGAACCCGAAGAUGCGGUUGAUCCUUUCAUAACCCAGCUACCCAUUGACAUCAUCAAGAGUGGCAAGUUUGCUCAGGUUCCCUGGUUAGCAGGCUAUUGCCAAGAUGAAGGCAUCUAUAAUGCGGCAUCAUUGCUGGAGAAGUUGCCCAAUGGCAAGGAGAGGCUCUUUGAGCUAAACACGCGCUGGUAUGAGCUGGCUCCUUACUUCUUCUCGUACCGUAACACCCUGAAUAAGAGAGAACGCGAUGAACGCUCCCGAAAGCUUAAGGAACAAUAUUUGGGGAAUCACAACUUCAGUCUGGAGAACUACUAUGAAGUGCAACGCAUGUUCACAAACGAAAUGUUCAAGAAUGGCGUCGAACUGGGAGUAGAUGUCCAGCGCACUUAUGGAAAGAGCCCGGUCUAUGUGUACAUCUACGACAAUCCAGCUACUCAAUCUAUUGGCCAACUCAUUGCGAGGCGCACUGACGUAGUCCUAGGCACGGCUCAUGGUGAUGAUUAUUUCCUGAUGAUGAAUAAUCCAAUCCGCGAGCCGCUGCGAGCCGACGAGAAACUCAUUGCCUGGAAACUAGUGAAAAUGGUCGAAGGUUUUCUUCAAACGGGCCAAUUCGUCUAUGACAACUGCGUCUUCAGGGACAACGUGGGCAAAAAGCAGUUCGAGCUAGUGGCUAUCCAACGCACCGGCUGCACGAACCUACAAGCGGACCGCUUGCCCGACUUCGUGUCCAACAGUCUGCCGAAAACACCCAUAGUACCAACAUAAUAAAAAAGUUUUGAACGUUUUAUAUAUCAAUUGGUGAUAUGCCACAAUAAACUCUAACUGGUUUGGCUAAAAGCAAAAACGCAAGCAACAAAAACU